AUUAUACAAGGUGCACAGAAGUGUUUUAUGAAAUAUAAAUGCUAUAGAAAAUUACACAGUCAUAUUUUACGGGAAGCAAUACCACCAGAUGGUCAUAUUCUUUCAAGUUUUCUCUAUGAACAAAGGCAAUCUGAACUCAUAAAAGAAAUCUUUUUGUUUAUGUUAUCAGGCUUCCCUCACCAGGGAAACUACUCCUUAGGGAGUUCACUAAAGAGAAGGAAUGUCUUUCACUCUCUCAUAUUUUCUCCUCUCCCCUCUCCCAAGCACAUCUGAGUUGCUGCCUGGACUUCACACUUAGCUCCAAACCCAUGAAAACUUGCCAAGUAUAAAAGCUCCUCAAGAAUCAGAUGGAUUCUAGGGUGUCUUCACCCGAGAAGCAGGAUAAAGAGAACUUCGUGGGUGUCAACAAUAAACGGCUUGGUGUAUGCGGCUGGCUCCUGUUUUCCCUCUCUUUCCUGUUGGUGAUCAUUACCUUCCCCAUCUCCAUAUGGAUGUGCUUAAAGAUCAUUAAGGAGUAUGAACGUGCUGUUGUAUUCCGUCUGGGACGCAUCCAAGCUGACAAAGCCAAGGGGCCAGGUUUGAUCCUGGUUCUGCCAUGCAUAGAUGUGUUUGUCAAAGUUGACCUCCGAACAAUUACUUGCAACAUUCCUCCACAAGAGAUCCUCACCAGAGACUCCGUGACUACUCAGGUAGAUGGAGUUGUCUAUUACAGAGUCUAUAGUGCUGUCUCGGCAGUGGCUAAUGUCAACAAUGUCCAUCAAGCAACAUUUCUGCUGGCUCAAACCACUCUGAGGAAUGUCUUAGGGACACAGACCUUGUCCCAGAUUUUAGCUGGACGAGAAGAGAUUGCCCAUAGCAUCCAGACUUUACUUGAUGAUGCCACUGACCUGUGGGGGAUCCGGGUGGCCCGAGUGGAAAUCAAAGAUGUUCGGAUUCCCGUGCAGUUGCAGAGAUCCAUGGCAGCUGAGGCUGAGGCCACCCGGGAAGCCAGAGCCAAGGUCCUUGCAGCUGAAGGAGAAAUGAAUGCUUCCAAAUCUCUGAAGUCAGCCUUCAUGGUGCUAGCUGAGUCUCCCAUAGCUCUCCAGCUGCGCUACCUGCAGACCUUGAGCACGGUAGCCACCGAGAAGAAUUCUACAAUUGUGUUUCCUCUGCCCAUGAAUAUACUAGAGGGCAUUGGUGGGAUCAGCUAUGAUAAUCACAAGAAGCUUCCAAAUAAAGCCUGAGGUCCUCUUGCGGU